AAAUGUUUUGAUUCUAUCAUUCAUAGACACUUCAGCAGUGAAAUAAAAAACAAAAUAUUUAUGUUAUAAAAACCAAUUUCUUAAAAAGAGGAAUAUAAUUUUGUUUAACGAAAACCAGCUGCACGAUGGAAAGUAAUUCAGAACGUUUAGCCGAUCUUCUAACCGGCCAUAAAGCACUAGAGCAAGAAGAAUUAUUUUUAACUAAUUUACUCAGUAAAAUCGAUAAACAAAUACACGCUCUCCAGGUGGAGCAGUUAAAUAUUAUAAAUGCGAAAAACCAAACUGAGACCAAUCCGAUGAACAGGAAUGAUAACACUAUAACCGGAGAUGUUCCACAAGUACCUGAAGAUAAAACUGAAAAGGAAUCGUCAAAUGAAAAUAGACUCGAAUUAGAUUUAAGACCCAUUAAAAGAUACAUCGAUUCUGAAGAGGACGAGGAAGAAGACGAUUUCGAAAAUAAUGAAUUCGAAUUUCCGAAUAAUAGUGCAGACUUUGAUUAUUUGUAAAAGGCAAAACCAAAAUUGAAAAUUGCUAAUUAAGGAAAUAUAUUUUUAAGAACUAAGAA